UUACGACCAUCAACGGGGUAAAGCAAUGGCGGAGAGUUACUGUUAAUCACAAUAAAUAUUAAAAUUGAAAAACGACCCACUGGAUACAAAGCAAAGCCUGCAUCGUUUUGAGCAAGUGUGAUAUUUAUAACAGGCUGCAGCUGAUUGGCUGAGCAGCAGCGGGCGGAAGUUUAAGGCGAGUGGGGAUUCCCCGAGGGAAGUUCCCAGCUCAUUAUAAAACAUACAAAAUGUACAUUUGUACGAAUUAGUUCAUUUCCUCCCGUUUAACGCGAAAAUAUACGUGUAGCAGCGUCGCGAUGUCCAAACUGCGCAAAAGUAUACGUGCUUGGGCUGUUUAGGAGUGAAGGGCCCGGGACCGCCCCGUUCGGAAUGUUACUGAAGGAAUGGACAGAAACAUCAGUGAGCAGCUCAACAAAGCCUUUGAAGCGUACCGCAAUGCAUCUAUUGAGAAAGAUAUUGCCAGAAAGGAACUUCAGAACAAGACAGAGCAGUAUCAACGCCAAACUCAACAGCUGGAGAGAAAGAUAGAAGAGCAAGCAAAAACCAUCACACAUCUUAAAGCUCAGCUCGGUUUACUUCAGAAACAUACAUCAGGUGAGAUGAAACUAGCAGAGUCUGCGCACAGAAAACAGGAAGUAGAGACCUUGUCACCUAGCGAUAAUCGCUCUGACAACCAGUCCAGUUCCCUCAGGACUAACCCUUUCCUGAUAAACGAAUCCACAGAGUAUUCCGGGAUGCUUCCCCAUACGAUAACGUCCGCUUGCGGAAUAAAGAGUGAAGACGUUUUGGACACUCUGCAGGAAAUCCAGGGGACUUUCCAGAGGAUUCAAACUUUAGCUAGACGACAGAAAGAUCACCUGAAGAGAAUACACAAAGGAAAUGAAAGCGCUAAUGAACAGUUUUCCAUGCCCAUCCAAUGCACGGACGACACGGCGGAACAGGCUGAGGUGCCCUUUUCUGAACCGCUACAACCAGAAGUUGAUGACACUUUAUCCUCCACAUCUCUUGCUUCACGUGGCACCGGUCCGGACGACGGCCUUUUUGAUUCAUUAAGAGGUCUGAGCGUCAAGUUUCCCCCGAGCCCAGACUCCGAAUACGACUUUCUUAACAGUACGCCGGAUAAACGAGUGGGCCUGCCCCUGCAAAGACCCGACCUUGGAGACCACGGACACACGUUGAGGGAGGAGUCUUAUCCAUCAUACCCCGCCCCCUCUUCGCCCACUCACACAUCCGCAUCUUCUGCGGCGCAUGAAAAUGUACGAGGACCCCAACAGCUUUUUUGGACCCCAGACCUCCCGGACAUGUCCUCCCAGGCGCCAGGGACAGACGUGCAGCAGAUGAACAGCAAAGAGAAGUGUGCCUUUUGCAAGGAUGAUGUACCCCCAAAUCACAUGUAUAGCCACCUCAAUUCACACUUCAAGAACAAAGCUGGCGAUUGACAAAUGCGGGCAAGGGGCCGCCCGCAGGACUGCGACAGGCUUUAUUCGUGGCUUUGUCGUGUAGCGCUCUACCCGUCAGAACACAUUUGCUCACGUCCUUCAGUGACACCAUGAAGAGAGCGGAACCUUCCACGCUCGUUUAUUUAAUUAGGAGAACUUUAAACGGUUCAUUUUGGGCUGGUUAUGUCUUAAUUAAUCUUUUUAGCUGCAUUCUAGUUGGAGGCAUUCUGAUGACAGUUUACUUUGCGGUAAAGACAUGCUUCCUUUUCAUUUAAGUAAUUUAAUUCGAGAUGGCAAUAUAAAAGACAUUCAUAUCUCAUGAUUGUAAAUGCUGUUUAUGUGAGGUCAGUCCAAUGCUGGGUCAUACGAGAAUUAAACGUCACACCGUUUUACUUUUAGACGCCCAUUAAGUCUCUUUCAAAAGAACAAUUUUUGUUUGCAUAUAUUAAGUUAAAAAUAAAACAAAUUUCUGUUGUCUUUAAAAUGAAAAUUAUGCCAUCAUUUAUUCACCCUCAUGUCAUUCCAAACCCGUAUAACCAUAGCCUCCGUCACCAUUCACUUUCGUUGGAAAAAAGAUGCAAUGAAAACAUUCACUUUUGUGUUUCAUAGGAACAACGUGAGGGUGAGUAAAUGAUGACAGAAGUUUCAUUUUUGGGUAAAUUAUACUUUUAAUGUCAGGCUGUCCCAAGCCAUGCUUAUAAAUGUAGUACAUUUGUGAAUAUAUUUACCUUGUCCUGAUCAUAGUAUUUUCAGGCAUAAGGGAGACCGGGGCUAGUUGUCACAUGGUGAAGUCACUAUAUGUCACAAGUCCAAUUACAUAUGUUUUUGUGGGUUUCUAACACCUACUUCAAAACGGUCUUAAAUUAGAAUUAUUUUUAACCGAAAGGUAAUUUUCAUAAAUGUUAGGUCAGGGCAGGUUGUCAUGUGUUUUAUAUGUUGUAAUAUUAUAGAAUGAAUUUACAUCUGUUAUGGAAUUACAGCAUCUGCUGGCAAAAACAAUGUUUGAUGUUUUUGUAUGUUACAUUUCUGCAGUUUCCUGAAUUAUUUUACUGUUUAAAUUUAGCUGAAAAGCCUAGAAAAGGCUAUUUAACGGCAGGUUCCCUUUGUGACAACUUACCCCAUAUAUUGUAACAAAAUGCCCUGCUAUAAAGGUAAACUUGUGUUCAGUGAACUUUAUCUUUUCUCCAGGGAAAUAACGCUAUAAAUGUUCAAAAGCUUUUUAUAUAGCUAGGACUGUAAGGUUCUGUAUGUGUCUAAAUUAACUUUCAAAAAUAAAACCACUCUGAGAAAUAAAGCAAAAA